UAAUGGAUCCUUUAGACCAUGAAACAAUGGAACUGGUGAAAAGCGAUGUCCUAUCAUUCGGAGUUCUGCUAUUGAGACUGUUUUGCCGAACAUCGGCGCCCGAGGACGACAAGAGCUUAAUCGAGUGGGCCCGGCCUUUGAUGCUGAAAAGAAAAUUCUAUGAGCUGUUGGAGGAAGACUCAGAGUGCUCGGACAUGCAUGGAAUUUACAGAGUCAUGGCUGCUGCAACUGCUUGUACAAGGACCAAGCCAAUUUCUAGACCCUAUAUGACUCAGGUAAUCAGCCUUCUUAAAGGAGAGCAUUUCUGUAACAUGCAAUCGUCUCCAUCGGACAGCAGCACGUAAAGAGGAAC